AUGGAACCAAAUCACCCCGCAGAUGCGGUUCAUGCACAUUCGAUGGCUGAAGGAGCUUCGCAGCAUGCCAGCGGACCUGCUGCGGUUCCCCCUGCCAAGCGCGGCGCUGGAGCUGGUGCGUCGCAUGGCGCACGCAAGACAUUGGAAGUGGGCGACGACGGCCAAGGCGCUAUCCGCCAUCAGCGGCGCUCUGCGGAGCCUGCCGCUCUACACGAACUUCUCCUUUGCAGUGGACCUGUCCAAGGACCCCGAGUUUGCAGCCGGCCUACAGGCAGCGCAUCGCUACGAGCGCGAGGAGGAGAAGGAACCGCCUGCGCCGAUCACGCACGAGCAGUACCGCGCCGCGUGGAAGAAGCUGGACGAGGUGAGCCCCAUCGCGCGGCUGUAUCUGGCCAUGAUGUGGGCCUUUGCCGCUCGCCCCUCGGACGUGGCGUCGAUGCGGCGCAAGGACGUGAUACUGUCUCCUGUGCCGGAGGAUGGGGGUGCGCAGGAUGUGGAGGAGGAGCAGACAAGCGUGGCACACCCGGCGGCCAGCGGCGGACGGCGGAGCACGGCGCUGGUGAACAUCACGGUCACGAUGCGCGAGAACAAGGGCGCGCGUUUCCGCGGCCCGUACCCGGUGGCGUCGCAGCUGAUCGGGACGGACGCGUCCACACUGCAGCAGCUGCUGCACGAGCGGCGCUGCGCAGCACUGAUCCGGAAGCAGCGCUCCCCGACCACUCCCGCGUGGCGAUGGUGACCGAUCACUUUCCCAUUGUCCAUGCCCAGCGCCACCUCAACGGGUACGGCGGCAUAGGACGCGGGUACGCUCUGAAUCGACUCUACGAGUACACGUACAACCUAUGGGCAGAGAGAAACAUCGAUGUUGUGUUCUUUUACAUUGCGGGCGCCGUGAACCCGGCGGAUACCUAUUCACGCAACUUUGGGGAGAACGACUACUUCUCUUGUCUGACUGUGGAUAGAGCGGCCGGGCUCAGUCUCCCGCCGCUGUCCAGCACCUACUCGCCGCUCUGUGAGGGCAACGAGGACGCUCUGUGCCAAAGCAGGACCAUAGAGGUUCAUCCAACCGGACAAGCCAUUUUUUUUUUUAAUUCAUUGCUCUUCAACCUUCUCUCUCUCUAG